AUGCAUGCUGGAACCGGUUGUAAUGCCUCGUCCUAUCGAGCCGGGCUCAGGAUGGGAGCCCUAGGGAAAAGGGGAUGGGGAGGAGUGCGCCCGGCGCGCGCCCACCUCCUCGCCCGCAUCGUCUCGUUUUGUCAAGGGUUCGCGCCAGACAGACUGCCCGCGGCAGGUCGGAGGACGCCGCUCGUGAAGACCAGCGCCGGGCCUCGUGAAUGCGUUCAGGAAUACUCAGUCAAGCAUCAUGAGCCUCGCCAUUCGAGCACCUGGGUACUGCGCCACGACGCUGGCCACUCCGAAGGAACAGCUUCUGAAUCCCGGGGACUCGCAAGGUCCCAGAAUAUCCUGUCUGGGACUCGUGUGACCCAGGGAUUGGGUUCACCAGAAUGGAUUAUGAACCGACUCUGCCAGCAUCCUGGUAUCAAAUCAGGAAUAUAA